UUCCAUCUUUCUCUCUUAUUUCCUUCAAAACCAUUACAGAUCAAGAAUCUCUGCAAAUCCCAUCAAGCCAAUCAAUCAAUGCUGUGCUCAGUUAAAACCAGCAAGUCCGGUUCAAACUGGUUAGACCGGCUCUGGUCCAACAAAGGCUUCAACAACAAUGAUGAUGAUGAACCUUCUGUUCCAAACCCAUCUAGUUCUCCGAUAACCGAUGCUUCCAAUUCUGUCAUCAACUCAAACUCUGAGUCAACUCACUCUGAAUCAGAUCAAAACAAAGUCACAACAACAACAACCAGGGAGAUUUCUUCAAGUGACAAUAAAGAUUUGUUCUUUUUAAUGAACAAUGUUCUUUCAGACCUCUUUAACAUGGGUGGUUGCAGUGACCCGAUUGAGGGAAGUUCAAGACAUUCCAGGAAAAAGGAGAGGAUUCCUAGAAAACAAACAAAGCCCAAGUUCUGUUUCGUUUCUGGGAAUAACAGUAGUAAUGAUUCUUUAGAUUGCGUGAGAAAAGACGAGAAUGUCCUUGUUGCUACAGGGUCAUUAAAUUCUGAUAAAAAUUCUAAUAAUGUGGAUUGUGGGGUUGAUGAUGAUGAUGAGGAGGAGGAGGAGGAGGAGGAUAUUGAGGAGAAGGAGAAGGGUUUUGGUGUUAGUGGUGAUAAAGAGCUAAAAGGGUAUUCAAGAAGUGAGGUGACCGUAAUUGAUACAAGUUGUCUAGUGUGGAAGUUUGAUAAGUUGGUGUUUAGAAAGAAGAACGUGUGGAAAGUUAGGGAUAAGAAGGGAAAAUCUUGGGUGUCUGGGAGCAAGAAGAGGAAAGUAAUUGACUCGGAAUCUGCAAAUGGAAAUGGUACUAAGAAGAAAGCUAAAGUUUCAAACUUGGAGGCUGGAUCGUCCAAGGAUGCCAAUGAUGUUCAGAAACCAGAGGAUGAGAGAAGGCAAGAGGUAGAAAUGGCAGAGGAUAAUAGCCAAGUUGCCACAAAGAGGAUUCAUUUAUCCAGAUCUGCUGGCAAAUCUAAAACGAGUGGUUCAUCUGUUAUUUUUAUAAAAGCUAUCCCUACAAGCAACAAAAGUGGGAGAAAUAUUACCAAGAACCGUCUCAAGGACACUCAAAAGUAAGAACAAGACUUGAUUGAUUUGUUCUAAACGCCUGAAUGGAAAGAAGCAAGUUGUCAGCAAGACCAAUCCUUUCCUCCAGGCUGUAGCAGCUUUUGGAUCUGUAAAUGGUUUAGUUUGGUACUGUACUCCCCUUCAGGAUAGGUAACAGAAUAUGGCUGUCGAAGUUCAAUCUCCCGACUACCUCAAACCCAUUGACAUGAUUCUAACCCCUGAUUGAUUAAAACAUGGUGCGGUAAUCAUUGUUAUUGUAUUUGUAGCAUUCGUAACAUCCUUCUUCUAACAUUAUAUAUUUUAUUUAGAGGGAACUGUAAUGAAUAUCUUCCAUCUUUUCAUCAAUAUGAGCUUCGAAAUCCCCCUUUUCAACUUUUA